UUGUAGAUACUGAUGAAUGUGAAAGCCUGGUCCCCUGCCGAAAUGGAGGUACUUGCGUGGACAAACUCCGCUCCUAUACCUGCCUGUGUCUUGAAGAUUAUGAAGGAAUAAACUGCGAAAAGUUCAUCGACCUGUGCAACAAUGAGAGCUGUGAGAAUGGAGGAUCCUGUCAAACCAUGAAUAGGACAAUUCACUGUUCAUGUCCUGAUAGAUUCUUUGGAGAGUUUUGUGAGCUUGAAAUUAUUAAUGGUGGUUGGAGUAAUUGGUUGCCGUGGAGUCCAUGCAGCGCAUCGUGUGGAGGUGGUACUCGAAAUACUUUAAGGGAAUGUACCAACCCACCACCAAAUGAUUAUGGACAGCCUUGUCAUGGAGAAAAUACUAAACAAGAACCAUGUAAUAUCCAGGAUUGUCCAGGUUGUCUGUAUCUGCAGACUCCUGGUAAUGCCACACUUAACUGUUGGAGCGAAGGUGAAACCCAAAAGUGCACAGUCAGUUGUAACUCACCUGAUCUUGGCUUCGUUCAACCUACACUGCCAGAAUAUUCAUGUGGCCCGAAGUCAGAUUAUAAAUGGGAUCAUGAAAGUAAUUACAACCGCAGAGCAAGUUUGCCUCCAUGCGUGGAAACGAUGUCUCCGGAUUUGUUAGAGGUGCAAGUCAGCUUUGCUUACUCAGGUGCAACAUGUGCUUCGGUGGCAGAUGAAGAAAGCCUUAAAGAUCUAGUCAGCUCUAACAUCAUAAACAAUGUUCAUGCCAGUGGCUGCAUUGACUGUGCUCUCUCAAAUAUACAGGUCAACAAUUGUGGUCUGUCGAAGAAGCGGUCAGUUGAAGAAUCUCCUAUCACUAUCUCAUUCGACAUAGAUUUCAGCGAUGUUACUAUGGAGGAAUCAUUGGGCGAAUUUGGCAACAGAUUUGACCACCGUUUGGAAAAUGGAUUCUUCUCAUUGGAAGUCGAUGGUGAGGUCAUUGCAGUUGACACUAAUAAAAGUACCACUGGGGUGAAGAUUACGUGUCCGAGAGGGUCUGGUUUGACAGUACAGGGAAGCUGUGUCGGAUGCCCCGCUGGUACUUUCCAGUACUUCCUACCGAACACCAGCACAGCUGUAUGUGCUCCAUGCAUGCUACACACCUAUCAAGACCAAGAGGGACAAGCUGAGUGUCUCCCAUGUCCCCCAGGUUUAAUAACGAAUGAUCCCGGAGCUGAUGAUAUCAAACAUUGUAUAGAACCAUGUCCACUCGGUCAUUACCAAGAUGUGUGGUCAGAUCCUAGUAACACUACAUGUAUCCCGUGUCCUCUUGGUACUUACCAAAACGAAAUUGGAAUCGAAAGCUGUUUCCCUUGUCCCGCUGGAUAUGUAACUCUGGAACCAGGAACAGCAAGUGCUUCUGAUUGUGUUGCGGUGUGUAAUGCAGGGCAUUACGUGGACUUAUCAAACGAGACCAAUCCACUAUGCCCACCGUGUCCACUCAACACAUUCUUAGAUCUUGAUGUGCAUCAAGAACAAGAAUGUAUUCCAUGUGCUCCAGGAAUGAUUACCUUCCUGGAUGGAUCUUCACAAAGUAAUGACUGUCUUGUUGUGUGCCAGCCAGGGAGCUAUCUAGAAAGUUCAUCAUGUACUCCAUGUCCUCUAAACACCUAUCAAGACCAGACCAAUCAUCGUGAGGAAUCCUGCAACCUAUGUCCUGGCAACCUGGUUACUUUUGAUGAAAGUUCAGACAAACUUGCAGACUGUACAGGAUACUGACAAAAGCCCCAACGCACAAGUGGAUACCUUGGAUCAAAUAAUUGGCAUCGUUUUUAAUUUCUUAACAAAUCUCAAGACGUGCCUAAUUUAAAUAC